GUUCAAAACUUAGUAAAAGUGUGAAUUACCAUCAAUUUUAGAAUUAUUCUUCAUUAACCAAUGAAUUUUCACCACUGUCACUGAGCGCCUGGUCACCGGUAGUCUUCUCAUUUCUCACUUCUCACUCAUCGAACUCUUCAGUUUCAUUUGCUUCAGUUUACCUCAACAUUUUCCUCCUUGUGUGGUAACCAGUCUGACGAAACGUUAUUUUCUCAUUUUAAUUGUAUCUUAAGAGGAAAUUGAUUUGUACGUGUUUCAUUUUGAGAUCAAACCGAAUCUGACUGUCAGGCCAGAAGAAUUGUAAUUUCCCCUGUAACUAAUGCGAGGGAAACUUUCCUGGAGAACUUGUUCGUAAACUGUUCCGUCCUCUUCAAAUUCCAGCAGUUUUGUCGUUGCAGCCACUGGUAUAGUUUAUUUUUAAAAUGGAAGCUAGCACCUCACUGUGGGGGACUAUUCCUCCGAUUGACACAGGAGAUCCCCAGAAAGCAUUGACUGAACUAGAGAUGGAAGUUGUCAUGAAUGCCUUAGAAACAGAGCCUCAUGAACCAGAUAUUGAAGAUGAGAAGAAGAAUGUACCAGAUCAUGACAACCUUCAGUUAGUUCCUGUUGAAUGUAGUCAAAUGAAUCCAGUGAUUUUAAAUACUAUUAAAUUGAUUCAAUAUGCAAAAAAAGUGUCUGAAUUAACGGAUAGAAUAUAUGCAGAGAAUAAGGACCUAACUAUAGAAAUUCAAAAUUUAAACCCAAUUCCACCCCUAUUAGAGACAAAACUCACACAUUUAGAGCGGCCUCCAGACUACGAAAGUGACUUUGUCCUUGGGAUUGGCAGUCCUCCAUUCCAUCUGAACAGUCGGACUCGAACUAGGAUUUUACACAAAUGUGUUGCAACCUUAGCAGCUCACAGGGGAUAUGACUACUCAUCAUCCACAGCUAUAGAAGUUUUAACAUCAGUAGCGGGCGAUCUAAUAACGAAAAUUUGCCGAAGGUUAAGGUUAAAUGCCGAUAAAAACCUCUCUCCAGAUAAUCUGUUUCGUCUAGAGCGGGUGUUCCAUGAAAUGAAUAUAGGCCCGCUUCGUUCCCUCAAUCAUUACUAUCAAACUCAGGUUUUGGACUACCAAAAGAGCUCGAGAUUCCAGUGUGAAAAGUUGGUGGAAGAGUUAAAUAUUGCCAAUGAAGCUGCACUCACAAAUCUUCUAAAGCAAGAACACAUAAGUAAUGGACAGAGCUUUGAAAUGGAGUUCAAGCAAGAUGAUGAUGACAUUCCUCUGCUUCAUUUCCCGGCCGAAGACGGCACUGAAAACGAUGGGUUUCAGUCCUCUCUCGAGCACGGCUUCCAAAUGUUGCACAACCUCGAACAAGAGCAAUUGCACCUGGGGAAUGUUGAUCCCGAAAAAGACUCGAACCUCAUCAUUCAUCAUCAAUCACUAACGAAGUACAUCAAAAGGCAAUGAGCAGUCAAUAAUUGAAAAACUGAAAAUGAGCAAUUUUGACCUUUUUGAGCAGUUUUCAGUUAAAAUGACUGUGAAUCAAGGAUCUCAACAGUGGUCAAAAAAGCAGCUAUGGAUGUAGCAGCUGCUGCAAAAAAGCAUUACCUGGAAGAAGUCUUCGAGUUGUGUUAUAUCCAUCAGACUGUCUCUUACCAACACAUUGCCAGAGCUCCUGUACACAAACCUUUCAUAUAGACAUGUAUCAUUCAAGUCACGCCAGCCAAUCAGAAACAAGUCGGUUCUACGUCCAUGCCUGUUUUUCUGCUACCAAGAUCUCAUUCUUUUGAUUUGUUGGCGUUUCUUAUGCCAACAAUUUUUUUUCCAUUGAAUGAUAAUUUAUGGAUGCUGUUUUUUAAGGCUUAAUGGUUUGUACUAACGAAAGGUGAGCAUGUCCACGUUUUUUUUUUUUUUUUUUAGCCAUGUAAUUUGUUAUUCUAUUUUUCAAAGCAUCUCGAUCAAUACACUGUGGCAGUAGAUUGAGCAUGACUAGUUUUUGAAUAAAUGGAAAAUUGGAAAAAUUCGA